AUGGCUCUUCCGGGGACACCACAAAGGCCUUUACCAGGUGCAUAUUUCAUGACACCUGCUCCUCCGAGAUUCAAUCAACCUCCUUCACCGCAACCUCCUCUAUUUCGACCACCGCAACCGCAUUCUGGUCGUGAGCCAACUCCACCUCGAGAUGGUCCAAUACCUCCUCCAAUUCAAGCUCAAAUCAUACCGCAACCCUUAUCACCUAUGUCGCGAGCUGCAAAAACCAUCAAUGAAGUCCUACAAAGAGAAUCGAGCUUUCCCGACCUCGACAGUUAUGUCAAGCAGGGCAUUUCUUCCGACUAUGAACUUCCAUCUCCUACCUCUGAUCCUGCCUGGGUUCCUUUCCAAAAGAUAAGAAUGUACGAUAUUCCCGACACGAUUUACGACCAAUACAAUAAUGCUGCUUUUGGGACUUCAAUGGGUCUUUUCGCCGAGUUAAACCAUGCCUGGGCUGCUAUCGACAAUGCGCUAUAUCUAUGGGACUAUACAAGUCCAAACCCAACAUUACGAGGAUUCGAAGAUCAGCCAAACGGUAUUAGAGCUGUGAAACUGGUUGUACCGCGCAGAGGAGUUUUCAUUAGUGCUAUUACGCACAUCGUGGUGGUCGCAACCACUCAAGACAUUAUCUUGUUGGGUGUCGCAAAUGCAGUCGAUGAGCAUGGAAAUAGAACCUUGGAGCUUUACAGAACGGGCAUGACGCUAUCUAUUAGAGGACUAGAUGUCACAGUAAUUGAAGGAUCAGCAGAUACGGGGCGCAUAUUUUUUGCUGGAGGAGCUAACCAAGUCUAUGAACUUACAUAUCAAAAUGAAGAUAAAUGGUUCUCGAAUAGAACGGGAAAGCUCAAUCACACGAGUCCUGGAUACACGUCCUUGGUUCCCAUACCUUGGGGUCGGACGACGACCGAGGUUGUAGUGGAUAUGGUUAUCGAUGAUUCCCGUCGCCUGUUAUACACCCUUUCCUCCGAAUCCACCAUUCGAACAUUCCACAUGGAUAGCGCUACUACUUUAACACAAGUCAUUGAGAAGAAGCGACAAGACGUCUUGAGAGAUAUCUCUCACAUGAUUUCUCCCACGCCUCUUUUGUCUUCUCAUAUGCGAAUCGUCUCAAUCAGUCCCAUAUCUGCAAGGGAAGGAAUAAAGCUUCAUCUUAUGGCCACUACCACAUCUGGAUGUAGGAUAUUUCUCAGUGCAACUCGUGGUUACGCUUAUGGUUUCCAAAGCGGUCAGGGUGCUCCGCAGAGUAUGCAGGUUCAACACAUCAGAUUUCCGCCCAGGCUUGAUCGAGCUGGAAACAGAUCUUAUCCGGGACUUGAACCAGCAAUUGAGACCAGCUCCGAAGCUUUAGCUCAUACACGGAAAGGUCUAAGAUAUCCUCCAGGUUUCUUCUUUUGCUUUGUUUCCAAAGAGACCCGUGAUGGGAGCGACGCUCUUUUUCUGUCAGCUCCAGAUACGGGUCGCAUAGCGGCGCAAGCGAGAGAUAUGGCCGUUCAACAAGGAUUGCGAUAUUGCGAAUCGGCAUUCUGGCUCGAGAUGGGUAGCCGUGCUGAGGCCAUUGGUCUUGUGACGAAACCAUUCGCUGCUUCAGAGCAACCCCUAGGCUUUGGAAAUGAGCUCGCAACUCAAUAUGACUUGCCUACUCCGGAAGUCGCUAUUAUGACAAACUCUGGAAUUCAUAUCGUUCGACGUCGACGUCUUGUGGAUAUAUUUGCCUCUGCAAUUCGAAGUGGAUUCGAUGACGGAGAAACGGAAAUUAAGAAGUUCAUUCGGCAAUAUGGUAGAGGAGAGACAACUGCGACCGCUUUGGCCGUUGCCUGUGGACAGGGUGGUGAUGCCUCAAUAGUUGGAGAGAGGAGGAUAGUCGACCCAGACACGAUUGAAGCUGCAAGAAGAGCAUUCGUCGAACAUGGUGGACGUGCAUCUAUGGACCAGAACAUGGUUGUCGAAGGACCUACCCAAGCAAUUGAAAAUGUACGACCUUCCUCGAGACACGACGGACUCGCCCUAUAUAUGGCGAGAUUGGUCCGUAGCCUUUGGAAAUCUCCCGUUAUAAAAUUGGAGACAAGCAAUCAGGUGGUUGCCAUAAAGCCAAGAAUUAGCAAAAAGAAGCUAGCCGCGGUUCAGGAUGAACUUAUGAAAUUGUCAAAAUUCUUAGAGGACAACAAAACAUUCAUUGAAGGGCUGUCUGGGCCUGAGGGUCUCAACCGCGUCACAAGUCAGCAAGAGGACAUUGCUCUGCAAGGCGAACAUCAAGCAUUGCAUUCCCUACAAAUCCUUAACACUAGCAUUGUGGAAGGAAUAUCUUUCGUGCAAAUGUUCUUCGAGGAACGAGUUGAUGAUAUAUGGGCUGCAUUGGAUGAUACAGCGAGAAAACAGCUUCGAGAACUAACAUUCGAGCUACUCUUCUCCACUGAUAAUGGAAAAAAUUUGGCAAAGUUGCUGGUGAAGGAGAUCGUAAACCGCAACAUCGCUCAAGGGUCAAAUGUUGACACGGUCGCGGAAGCUCUUAGAAGACGCUGUGGCACUUUCUGUAGUCCUGACGAUGUCAUUAUUUUCAGGGCUCAGGAGCAAUUGCAACGAGCAACCAGUGUCGGCCCUUCGACUGAUCACGGGAGAGCACUCCUCAACGAGAGUGUUCGAUUGUUUCAGGAGGUCGCGGGUGUUCUAUCCCAUGACAAUUUGUAUAGCGCUUGCUCGCAAUUUGCCGCCAACAAAUUCUAUGCUGGUGCCAUCAGCCUGGCGUUACUUGUUGCCCACGAAUCCGAUCGUGGAAACAAAGCUUUGUCGUGGCUUAAUGAUGGCAGACCUGCCGACGAUCCUCGAGCAAGCUUCUUCCAUUUUCGCAAGGAUUGUUACGAUAUUGUGAAGGAAAUCCUGACUGCUGUCGACAACGACACUGGGAACGCACCAGAAAUGGUCGAUGGUAGACAAUCCACUCCAGCUAGAAUGCGCGAAGAAGCGCAUCAAGUGGUUGAUGACUCAGAUGAUGAGGUCUUCCAAUAUGAUCUAUUUGAUUGGUACCUUGAACAGGGCUGGAUGGAUAGAAUCAUUGCCACUGAUUCUCCCUUCAUCGUCAAAUAUCUUGAGCGGACUGCUAGCGAAAGUAUGGAGAAUUCCGAUUUACUGUGGAGAUACUACGUUCAUCGAGAGGACUACUCUGCCGCUGCCGGUGUACAACUUACUUUGGCUAAGAGUGAACUUCCAAUCACCUUGCAAAGAAGAAUCGAAUACUUGAGCAGAGCCAAAGCAAACGCUCAAACACAAGGGGGUGCAGUUCAUAGACAAGCACGACAAAUUAUGUUACAUGAGGCUGGCGAGUUACUUGACGUUGCUAAUAUUCAACAUGAAUUAUUGCAACGUUUGAGAGCCGAUACUAGGAUUCCUCAAGCACGAAAAGAUAAUGUAGUGGCAGACCUGGAUGGUGCCAUUCAACCACUCUCUGUCCUUUUCAAUGAAUACGCUGACCAAGGCCAAUACUACGACAUCUGUCUUCAGAUUUUUGCUGCAGCCAAUCACCACAAUCAGGCUGAUAUCAAGACUAUGUGGGAACAACUUCUACAAUCCAUACAAGCUCGUGUAGAGGAAGACCCACAGGCACAAAACGAACGCCCAUAUGAAGCUAUUGUCAACAUUAUUCGGGAGAUGUCGCAAAAGCUCUCUGGAUACGAGAUUGUCUUCUCUCCAAGUAUCCUCAUUCCCCUCGUCGAAACAUACGCAGCUGAACAUGAACACCCAGGUCCCUUGAACUGGGUUCCAGAUUUGUUCCUCAGCGUGUCGUUCGAUCCUGACACAAUCAUCAAUAUUUUGGAAGGGAUGUUCUACAAUGAAGUCAAUCCGUUCGUGGGGCCCAAUAGGAUAGUUCUUGCAAAUCACAUUGUUUAUGUUGCGGAACAAUGGUAUGAGGACUGUCUGAGACAUAACAAAAGGGUUUUUGGAGGGGAGGUGCAGAAAGACGUGAUUGGUCAACUUUUGGCAGAUUUGAGUGCCGCUGCAUAUAGGGAUGAUCCAGUGGGAAGACAGAGGAUCAUGGAGUUGAGAAGGAGGAUUGGGUUGGGAGGAUUGCGAUGA